AGUUAGAGCUGAUCCUCUCUCUCUUUGUCCUGAUAUUCUACACCAUAACUCUUGUGGGCAACGUGGCCAUAAUCCUACUUUCUAUCCUGGAUGCUGGACUUCAUACACCCAUGUACUUCUUCCUCAGAAACGUCUCUGUGCUUGACCUCUGCUUCACCACCAGCAUUGUGCCCCAGAUGCUGGUGAACAUGUGGGGAGGUAACAAAAAGAUCAGCUAUGCUGGCUGCAUGGUCCAGUACUGGGUGGCCUUGGCACUUGGCUCCACAGAGUGUGUGCUCCUUGCGGUGAUGGCAGUUGAUCACUAUGUUGCAGUUUGCUGGCCUCUACACUAUACCUCCAUCAUGUACCCCAGGCUGUGCCACCUCCUGGCAGCAGCUUCCUGGUCCUCUGGUUUUGCUAACUCCUUUCUCCAGUCCUCAAUGGCCAUGGUGCUGCCUCUAUGUGGAAACCGGCGUGUGGACCAUUUCUUCUGUGAACUAUUGAUCAUUGUUAAACUCUCCUGCGUUGAUACUGGCCCGACAGAAUCUAAAAUGUUUAUUGCCCGGCUAAUCAUCCUAGGCAUGCCUGUCUCCAUCAUCCUGACCACUUACGUAUGCAUCGCCAGGGCAGUAGUAAAAAUGCGCUCAGCAGAGGGAAGGAAAAAGGCCUUUAGGACCUGUGCCUCCCACCUAAUGGUAGUCUCACUCUUCUAUGGGACCAUUAUGUUUUUGUAUCUGCAGCCCAAGGACAACUACUCCCAGGACCAGAGCAAAGCACUGGCAGUGCUUUACAUGAUUCUUGCACCCACACUCAACCCUCUGGUCUACACACUGAGGAAUAAGGAUAUGAAGAAAGCAGUCAGGAGCUUGAUGGGGACGGAGCAGGUAUAGGGAGAUCAAGAGUGGGAAGAAAGGUGAGGCAACCACUGGCGACACAAGUUGUGGUGUACUUGCUUUAACUGCGCUUGUUUUAUGUUUCUGUGAGGGGGUUGGAAAAUCUGCUGUGUGCUCUUCUCUAGCUAUUCCUGGGAUCUUUACAGGGUGGGGACUCACCAGAAGGAAACCUAACCAUCCCUUAAAGGAACCUCUGGCCAAGGCAAUCUCCCCUGGCAAGUAAUUCUGUGUCCCACUGUUAAUGUUUUUCUAUUUUCAAUGCAUGGUUACUAGCUUAUUCAAAUGCCACCAAACAUACUCCUAGAUGUUACAAUAGCACCAAUGAUCACUCUGCUACAUUUAUUAAGCAGCUACAUGGCCAUAGAAGUUUCUUCAUUUUCUCCAUCACCACUUUCACUAUACCAUCAUCAAAACAGUUGGGAAAAUGGAGGAUUUAGUCAGUAACAUACAAUGCAAUACUUGUCCAUCAUGAAUAAGUAUAUGUGGAACAAGAAAAAAGAAUAAGAAUCAAGUAGAGACUACACAGUAUACCAAGGAUCCUGUUUCUUAGAAUUGAAAGGAGUACCAUGACUUCAAGGCAAGGCUUUAGGACAUGUCAAAUUUUAUCUAAUUUAGUGUUUGAAUAAUAAGGAUAA